AUGGAAGGCGAACCGGCAAAUAAACGAAAAAGGAGCGGCAAGACUAGCCAUGAACAAUACGAACUGUACCUGAAACAUAUGGAAGAUGACCCUAUCUUCAGAACGGGGACUAUUAACCCAACGGUCAAUCCCGAUCAUGUAAGCAAAAAAUGGGAAAACCUGGCAAUUGCUUUAAACUCGACUGGCAUUGGGCCCGCCUUGGCAGUUUCCGAAUGGAAAAAGCGCUUUAAUGAUUGGAAAAACGCCACCAGGGCAAAGUAUAGGAAAUGUGUGGUGGAAAGAAAAAGAACUGGAGGAGGUCCUGCCAGUGACAUCAAACUCACUCCAUUAGAGGAACGAGGAUUGUCAGUGUGGGGCAGAGUGGCAGUAACAGGCUCCAGAAAAGUUACGGUAUGUGGUGGUUUACAGGAGCCUGGUGCCUCUUCUGCCACUCCUGAUAGAACUGCCACAAUACCUGAAAAUCUAAGCGCUGAGUUGACGGAUGAGGAAAAUUUACCAGAAGUUGGAGAAAAUGAUAAUGUAGUUCGAGAAGAACCUGAAGUUGCUGGUCCGUCAAAUUUUAAUCCAAACCAGCCCAAUUCUAUUCAGUAUUUUAAAAGAAAAUACAAAAAAAAAAAUCCUUAUCAAAAUGUACAAAAUUCAUCGUUAAAAUCUGUUGGCCAAGACCUUUUGAAAGUAUACGAAAAAGCUGUGAAUCAUACAAAUAACGAUAUUGAAAGGGAAAAACUUGAACUGCAGAAACAGCAGUUGGAUCUAGAGAAAGAAAAAUUUCGGUUUGAAUUAUUAGAGAUAUGUACCGACUUACCGACUAUAGUCGGCCGACUGUUCCGCUUUGCUAAAACCGGUUUAUAA